AGUUUGGCGAAAUUAUUUUUUUAAGAAAAAUUGUACCUUUUUAUUUCAUGACGUGUAUUUGCAGCAAAGACGACCACCACGACGCCAAUUCCGGCUCCUUUGAACCCGCUGAGUGACGAGAACAUCCAUUUGGCCGAAAAUCCAGAACCUUCCAUAAAACCCAAACAUGGCAAGAGGAAGGGGCAAUCACAGCAAACGACUACAGCUGAAGUUUGGACUACGGAACGACCCGUCGAUAUAUUUUACAGACGGCUAACAGAAGAAAGGACACGCAACAUGCCUAUUCGCUGGAUCCACUGUCAGGACAUGAUCACUCCCUUUCUCACCGGAGUCACCAAGGAUGAGAAUCCUGUACCCAAACUACUGGGGCCCACACACAGGACUGUCUUGAGGCUAAUCCAUCUCCUAGGUGUUAACACCACAACGUAUUCAGCUGAUGAAAUUCGCUCACUUAUCUAUCAAGUUGACAACAUACAGAUUCGCCUGUUCCAAUGGGACACGCCGUCUAUAAAACUUCUCUUACAAAUCAUCACCAAUGGCGGCAGACAUACUUUCAGACAACUAAAAUACGGUAUCCGACGGCUCCUCAAGAUCUGGCAUAUGACUGUGAAUAAUGUUACCAACUUGCUGAUGGCUUCACGGCUCUUCAGACCUGCGUGUGUCAACGUCAUAGCGUUUGACGGAUCAACCAAAUCAUCGAAAGGAACGACAUACACGACCCUGGAUCAAGAGACAACUACGUCAUCCAACUGCGCAGACGACGAUGGGGCAGAAGAAGAACGAAGAAGAAGGGGGUAACACUCUUUGUCGCACACAGAUGUUGUGCUCUGC